AUGCACUGGAAGCUUAAUCCCUGUGUGGAGUCUGCAGAUUUGCGAUGGGCUCCAAUGUUGUCCGUAGCCUCUGCAAAUCAGGUGUUGGCAAUGGGAAACGGAGGUUCUGCUCAAAUAACAUUUAAUGAAACCAAAUUUGUAGAAAUAACCACUUGCAAUGAAACUGUUGUCCUUCCCUGUUUCCCUAAUAAUUUGGAACCGAAAAGCCUUGACGACCUGUAUGUAAAGUGGAAAUUUAAAGGAAAAGACGUCUUCGUCUAUGAGGGGCACAAAGACCAGGCUGUUGUAACAAGCAGUCAUUUCAGUAGUGCGCAAAUAACAAUAUCAGAACCCCUAAAAGGCGUCGCCUCGAAGAUGAAAAAGGGUGACGCUGCCGGGAACUACAUCUGCGAAGUAACAGAAUUAAGCAGAGAAGGGGAAACGAUCGUGGAGCUGAGAUACUGUGCCGUUUCCUGGUUUUCUCCAAAAGAAAAUAUUCUCAUCAUUAUUUUCCCAAUUUUGGCUAUUCUUCUGUCCUGGGGACAGUUUGGUAUUGUGACACUUAAAUAUACAUCCAAUCGUACGAACGCAGAAACCAUCCUUAUGUUUGUCACUGGCCUGAUCCUCACCAUAAUUGUUAUGGGCGGAGCCAUUCUCUUCGUCCCUGCAGGUGAAUAUUCAGUAAAGAAUGCUUCUGGUCUUGGUUUAAUUACAAUUCCGACAGUGGUAUUAAUAUUACUUCAGUACUGUGCUUUUAUGACAGCUUUUGGGAUGACCUUCUUUGCCGUCGCCAUAUUGAUUCUUCAGUUGGUAGACUUUGUACUGGCUGUGAUGGGACUCAGCCUCUGUAUCUCGGAAUGCACUCCAGUACAGGGUCCUCUUCUGAUUUCAGGUUUGGGUAUCGUAGCUCGAGCAGAAUUACUUGGACUAGUUUAUAUGAAAUGUGUGGAAUAA